GUUCCAUUUUUGUGAAAGUAAUAGGUUUCAUUCAUAUUCAGGCAUGGAACUGCUCUUUUAUCUGGUUGUAAAAUUUUCUACAGCUACAUCUGCAUCUUAUUUCAGGCAAACGUGUCAUACUUUUCAUUGAACCUCCACUGUUUUUCACAGAUUAAGCAUAAGAUGCUUAAUAGCAGAUACUCAAUAUGGUUAAAAUUGCUGAAUCAGCAAAUUAGUGUAGUUUGUGGGUAAUAGGACUCUGAAAGAAUAUAUACCACUGGAAUCCCCCUGGAGAGGUUUUUGCUGGAUAUGAUGUCUAAUCUUCCUAUUGUGUAUCUUCUUCCUUAGAUUGGGUGUAUUCUGUUGUUUGUUAGUUGUUUUUUUAAGCUAUGGAUUGGAGUUUGCGUAUAGAAUCCAGGAUUUUUGUUUUUAGGAGAAAGGGAGGUAAUAUGUUCUGUAUAACAGAAAAGCGAAGAAAACAUACUUUGUCUUUAUAUCUAUCUGGUGGAAUGGUGGGUUGGUUUGCUAAGGAGAUAGAGGUUUAUUGGAAGAAUCUUGGUAAGAUGGUUGAUUAUCAGACUGGAAGGGAGGGAGACAAAGUUUUUAUGUUGCAGGGGAGCCAUAAUCAGUCUGGUAUGUUUCUGAAGAUGAUAGAAUAUGGCACAGGUUCGGGUAAAGGAAUUUUAGUUAUCCCUAAAGGGAGGAGAGGAAGUGGAUUGGCUGGUUUUGUGAGAUACUUACGAGAAAUGGUUGAGUCCUCUUCUGCUGUGACAUAUCAGGCUGGUAGAGGUAUGUCCAAGGUUGGGCAGGUUGUAAAUCAAUCAAGUAGCAAUUUGAUGGCUGAUACUUCUCUACAUGGUGAUGAUAAGGCUGGUGGAGGUUCUUAUGUGGCAGCAUUGAUGAAACUAGUGCAAUUCUCUAAGAGAUUUGGAGGUGCCAAGUAUAUGAAAGAGGUUUCUCUCUUGAAGAUGGUAGGAGGAAGGAGGGAGGGGCAGAACUCAGGCGAAAUUAUGGUGAUGGUAGGAGUUAUGAAGUGUUGGAAAACAUAGGAGAAAUGGAAGGGACACUUUGGCAUUUGUGUUUUGAAUUAGUGGGAUGGAAGGAUAAAAUUGUCUUUUUAUUAAAUAAGGUUGAUGGAGGGCUGGGUUUUAUUAUGGGUUUGGGCCAAAAGAUGGGAGCCCAAGAAAACAAAGAGAGUUUGGAGGAUAGAAGGGUGGGUCAAGUGAGGAAGGCUGUGGUAGUGGGCUGGGUAGGGGCCCGUUAAAGAGUUCUAUUUGUUGGAAGCCCAAGGAUAGCAGCGUGGUUCUUUCAAGCCCAAGAGGAUAGUUGAAGCUCAGCCCAACUCAUCGUCGGCGCCGCUGGAUCGUUUUGUCACCACAGAGGGGUGCGAUGGAGGGAGGAGAUCCUAAUGGGUGUCUGCUGAUGAGGAAGGGCUCAGAGGAGAUGGUGGUUUCGAGAUCUAUCGGCCCGAUAGAGGAGAGGGAUGCUAGAUUCAGUUGUUCGACAGCACCAUUGGUGGUUUUGUCUGCA